AUGGCGGCGGCGGAGCCCGUGGCGGGGCCGACGGGGCCCGAGCCCAUGCCAAGCUACGCGCAGCUAGUGCGGCGCGGCUGGGGCAGCGCGCUGGCGGCGGCGCGGGGCUGCACGGACUGCGGCUGGGGGCUGGCGCGUCGCGGCCUGGCUGAGCACGCGCACCUGGCGCCGCCCGAGCUGCUGCUGCUGGCGCUCGGCGCUCUGGGCUGGACCGCGCUGCGCUCCGCGGCCACCGCGCGCCUCUUUCGGCCCCUGGCGAAGCGGUGCCACCUCCAGCCCAGAGAUGCCGCCAAGAUGCCCGAGAGUGCUUGGAAGUUUCUCUUCUACCUGGGCAGCUGGAGCUACAGUGCCUACCUGCUGUUUGGCACCGACUACCCCUUCUUCCACGACCCACCAUCUGUCUUCUACGGUAGGGGCCCUGAGGGGAUGGCCGGGAGGGCUCUGCUUAAAACACAAAGACACGAGGCAGUGACAGGUGCUUGUUGUCCCAGGAUCGCUGGGGAGAUGUGGGCAGGAGACAGCAGUGCCUGGACCGGGGUGGGGGUGGCACUGACCAAAGAGGGGACCCUGGAUGGGGGUCCUAGCAUAACUCGGCUGCAGAAGGGAUUUGGCUCUCCCCAGACGGGACGCCGGGCAUGGCCGGUGCCGCGGGACAUCGCAGCCGCCUACCUGCCAGGAAGCUUCUAUGGCCACUCCAUCUACGCCACGCUGUACAUGGACACCUGGCGCAAGGACUCGGUGGUCAUGCCUGCUCCAUCACGUGGUACUCUCAUCCUCAUCGUCUCCUCCUACGCCUUCCGGUACCACAAUGUGGGCAUCCUUGUGCUCUUCCUGCACGAUAUCAGUGACGUGCAGCUUGAGUUCACCAAGCUCAACAUUUACUUCAAGUCCCGCGGUGGCUCCUACCACCGGCUGCAUGCCCUGGCAGCAGACCUGGGCUGCCUCAGCUUCGGCUUCAGCUGGUUCUGGUUCCGCCUCUACUGGUUCCCGCUCAAGGUCCUGUACGCCACUUGUCACUGCAGUCUGCGCGCGGUGCCUGACAUCCCCUUCUACUUCUUCUUCAAUGCGCUCCUGCUGCUGCUCACCCUCAUGAACCUCUACUGGUUCCUGUACAUCGUGGCGUUUGCAGCCAAGGUGUUGACAGGCCAGGUGCGCGAGCUGAAGGACCUGCGGGAGUACGACGUGGCCGAGGCCCAAAGCCUGAAGCCCAGCAAAGCCGAGAAGCCACUGAGGAACGGCCUGGUGAAGGACAAGCGCUUCUGAAUCCCUCGGCCCCGCCCCCGUGGACCCGGCCCCACCCCGAAUACCUC